AUGCAGCGAGGAAGGCGGAAGCAACUGGAAAAUAGCAUUCAAACAACCUGGUGGUAUGGCGCAGCCGGGAUGACGAUUUUCGCCCUGGUCUUCGCGUGUGUGCCGCUGUACAAGAUCUACUGCCAAGCCACAGGCCAGGGCCAGGCUUCGUCAGUGGGACAUAAGGAGUACUCACCGCCUCCGGCCAAGGACUCCGUGGAUGCCAAGCGCCUCAUCACGGUCGACUUCGCCGCCACGGUCCACACCUCUCUGCCGUGGCAGUUUGUGCCGCAGCAGCGGCGCGUCGUCGUCGGCCUUGGGGAGACUGCCUUGGCCUUCUACCGCGCCAAGAACACCAGCGAUCGCCCCAUCAUCGGCGUGUCCGUGUACCACAUGAUCCCCGCCGAGGCUGGACUGUACUUCAACAAGAUCCAGUGCUUCUGCUUCGAUGAGCAGUUGAUCAACCCAGGAGAAGAGGUGGAUCUGCCCAUCUUCUUCUUCAUUGACUCGAUGAUGGGGCGCGACAAUCGCUUUGACCACGUGGACCACAUCACGUUGUCCUACCUCUUCUUCGAGUCCGACUCCGAGCUGCCCGAUGAGUACGAGGAGUUCAAGAAGAGCUUGCCUUCGAGCCCCUGCCUCAGCACCUCCUAG